AUGAGCUGCCGCGCGGCGCCGUGGAGCCGCCCGUCGCACAUCGCCGGGCCGCGUGUGCCCACCACGGCGCGGCCGCGCUUCGCACUUGGAAGUAGGAAUCUAUGGAAGAACUCAUGGACAAUUGGUGCUGGUGUUUCAAAUAUGUUUGCGCUGCCAUCAAUGCUGUUUAGGUGCAUGGCUUCAAGUGGCUCUGGUGAUGGUGGUUUUGCUCGGUCUACAUCGACUGAUGAAGCAGUAACACCGUUGCCGUUAUACUCUUGGCCAGAUAAGCAGAGACCACGAGUGUGCAUUUUAGGUGGUGGAUUUGGAGGCCUGUACACUGCUUUAAGACUUGAUUCUCUUGUGUGGCCCAAUGAUAAGAGGCCUCAGGUUCUUCUGGUUGAUCAAUCUGAUAAAUUUGUAUUUAAACCCAUGUUGUAUGAGCUAUUAUCAGGAGAAGUGGAUGUCUGGGAGAUAGCUCCAUCUUUUACAGAGUUGCUGAAAAGCACAAGUGUUCAAUUUGUGAGAGAUAGUGUAAAGCUUCUGCGCCCUUCUGAUCACUUUAGAAGAGGACCUGGAGAACCAUGCACUGGUGGAGUUGUUCAUCUGGAAAGUGGCACUGUCAUUGAAUAUGAUUGGCUCGUUCUAGCUUUAGGGGCUGAAGCUAAAAUUGAUGUUGUUCCCGGUUCAGCUGAAUAUGCACUUCCUUUCACGACAUUAGAGGAUGCUUUGAGGGUUGAAAGCAAGUUGAAAAUGCUAGAGAGGAAAAGGUUUGGUAGGAGUUCCCCUACUAUUGAGGUGGCAAUUGUGGGGUUGGGCUAUUCCGGUGUUGAAUUAGCUGCGACUAUAUCUGAGAGAUUAAAAAACACCGGGACUGUAAAGGCAAUAAAUGUUCAAACAACCAUAUGUCCCACUGCUCCACAAGGAAAUCGUGAUGCUGCUCUGAAGGUUCUUGAGUCUCGGAAUAUUCAGCUUUUCUUGGGAUAUUUUGUGAGCUGCAUUAAAGAGGCUUCUACAUCUGAUGAUUCUAGUAGCACAGUUACGUACUCUGAAGUUGACGGUGAUAAUAGGAAACUAAUUUUGGACCUUCAACGUGCUGAAAGAGGCCUCAAAGGCCAGACUCUUGAGGCUGAUUUGGUGCUGUGGACAGUGGGUUCAACAUCUCAGAUUCCCCGGUUACAGCCUCCUGAUGCCCCCUAUGUUAUUCCUCUGAAUGGUCGGGGACAGGUGGAGACAGAGGAAACCCUUCAAGUAAAAGGUCAUCCCCGGACAUUUGCGAUUGGUGAUUCAGCAGCUCUAAGGGAUCCAUCAGGCAAACUCCUCCCAGCCACUGCACAGGUUGCUUUUCAACAAGCAGAUUUUGCUGGAUGGAAUCUCUGGGCGGCAAUAAAUGAUCGGCCUCUCCUGCCAUUCAGGUUCCAAAACCUUGGUGAGAUGAUGACACUUGGUAGAAAUGAUGCCGCGGUAACAGCAAGUUUCAUUGAAGGACUGACCUUGGAAGGACCUCUAGGACAUGCUGCUCGGAAGCUCGUGUACUGCCUCAGAAUGCCCACGGAUGAACACCGGGUGAAGGUUGGAAUCAGCUGGUUCACAAAGACUGCAAUCGAUUCACUUGCCUCCGUGCAAAACGCAGUAAGUAAGACGCUCACAGGCUCAUGGACUGUACGGAUCUUAGGUGUAUAUGACCUGCGCAUUCCUGAACCGAAUGAGCUGGAGGACAGAUCGAUGUCCAUCCUAUGUACUACGUAA